GCUAUCAAACAGACCGGAGUUGCUGAUACUCGAUAAUUGAACGAAGAAUAUAUUUUUUGAAACACAUAAAAGAUGCCCGAAAAUGUGUUAAAUGGGGACCACGUUAAUACAAAAGGUGGUAAUUGUGAAACUCAAGACAAUGAAGAAGAUGGUAACGACAGUGAUAUACACUUUGAACCAAUAAUUUCUUUACCCCUAAUAGAGGUAUCCAGUAAUGAAGAAGAUGAAGUGGAAAUGAUAAAAAUUUUGUUAGUAUAUAUUAACGUAGUGUUUCCUGCUGAAUGGAAGGAACGUGGAACAGGUGAAGUUAAACUGCUAAGACAUAAAAUAAAGAACACUGUACGAGUGGUAAUGAGGAGAGACAAGACAUUUAAAAUCUGUGCCAAUCAUUUUGUAACUCCAUGGAUGGAAUUAAAGCCAAUUUGUGGCAGUGAUAGAGCAUGGGUAUGGAGUGUAUUGGCGGAUUAUGCGGACGAACAGCUUAAACCCGAAUUACUCGCGAUACGAUUUGCAAACGCGGAAAAUGCAUCUGUUUGGAAAGAAGCAUUCGAAAAAGCAAAGAAGAUAGUUGGCUCUGAAUGCGAAAUAUAUGCCGGCAAAAACGACAUGGAUGAAAAACACGUCGAGAGCGAUAGCGAACCUUCCAGCGAUGUAAGUUACAGCGAAAGUACCGAUAACGAGGAGCAAGCGAAAAAACAGACAGGAAACGAGAGUUUAAAGAUUCGAAAUAACGAAAUCGAGACAACGAAGAACGAACAAGAUAUGGACAAAGUAUCCAAGGAACUUGAGGACUUGCAGGUGCAAGAUGCAGAGGAGAAGUAAGAGAUCAUGUUCAGUGAAACAGUGGCGUAAAUUAUAAAUGCACAUUCCGA